GGCAGGAAGAGCGAGAUCGCCUCCAUCCAGGACCCCUUCCUGCUGCUCAGCGACCUGAGGGACAACGACAUCAUCCCAGAGGGCAGUUACAAGGUACGGAGGCAGGGAGCAGCGAGCAGCCAGCCAGCCAGCCCCUGGGCUGUCAGGGCCAGUGGAGCAAGGCUCGGCUCUGCUCCAGUAGUGUCCUCUACCAGAGUAGCAAUGCACUGUGACAGCACAGGCAAUCCAGGAAAAAUCACAUUAACACAAAUGACUGCAAUAUGGGGGUGCAUCUUAAUUAACAACUCUUUGCUUUAACGUGCAUUUAUGGGGGGGGUCUCUGGUGGCACGCUUAGUCCCAUUUUGGUGGCAAGACAACCCUCUGCUGAGUCCAACACUGUAGGGUCAUCAGCCACUAGUCCUUCUGAUCCCUUGGUCUUCAGUUGCAGAGCCGACUCAAUCAGCAGUGAAACACUGAACAAGCUGGUAAGAGGAGGGAACUAGAGGACCCAGCCCUGGCUGGUGGAUGCUGCUCAAUUCACACCUGCACUUCAUCCCUAGAGGCUUCAAUCCCAAGGGCCUCAGACACAGGCAGAGGGUGUUAGGGUUUCCAAAGCAUUCUCCCCUCUCCUGUCCAGGGGAAAUCCAGGAGGUCCCUCCUGGACAAGUCUGUACAGCUCUUGAUCCUUGUUCUCCUCCGGCUGGGGCUCUCGUGCAGGAGCUGCUGGGUCUGCCCCUGAAGGAGCGGGUCGAGGGGAUGUACAAGCUGCUGGAGCGGCUGGAGAGGAAGACUCCGGAGAGGAUCCCCGCCUUCAUGCAAACCCUGCUGAAGGAGCACAUCCGGAAAAGCAGCCCGGAGCUGCAGGCCCUGCACCUGCAGCUGCGGGAGGGUACCCCUCAACCUUCGGGCCUGAGGAACCCAGAGUCACCCUCUUACCACAAGAUCGUUGUGCCGGUGGAGUGUGGCCACAAACGAGGGCUUUUCUACGCGGACAAGCUGCAGGAAGGUGAGCCGUGCAUCUUUGCCGGUGGGAGGUGGCUCAGCCCCCCGCAGUUCGAAGUGCUCGGGGGGAAGGGCAAGGCCAAGAGCUGGAAGAGGAGCAUCUUCUGUCGGAGGGUCCCUCUGGGUGAGCUGCUGCAGGGGGACCCGCCCGCCGGCGCCGGCGCCGCCCCAGAGCGGAUGGCCACGCGGUCCCAGAGCCGGGAUAUGAACUUUCGGACAUCCACGGCGAAGAAAAGAAAGAGAUUCCACUCUCCGCAGGGUGGAAGUACUGAGCUGCCCAGUCAGUCCCAGAGCGACAGUUCAGACUCGGAGGACAGUGACCUCGACUGGCGGGAGGACAAGGACAGGAAGGAAGAGGAAGACUCCGAGCAGAGCAGCUCUUCCUCGUCGGAAUCGGAAUGGGAGGGGGAGGGGGGGAAGGAAAGGGAGAGGGUAUGGAAUGUGUCUGCCCUCUCCAAAGUCCUGGCGGUGAGCUGUGGAUCAGCCACUGGGAAACUCCACAAGGAGCGCUUUGCCAAUGAGUUCCGGGGCAGGUGCAUCAGGAUGCCCGACAAGUGGUGCACCCCGCUGGAGUUCUACAGGACGGGGAUGGGGGACGGCGCCAGCGACACCAGCUGGGCACGAGAGAUCCGGCACGACGGAAAGCCCCUGGCGUCUCUCAUCGAGAAAGGCGUGCUGGAGACCCACGAGGAGGACUGUGCGUGCCCAAAGUGUGUCAGCAGCUCCCAGACUGGGACGCAGGCCCACAAGUCCCAGGAGGACAACGACGACCAGUGCCAGGCCUGCGGGCUGGGGGGCGACCUGCUGUGCUGUGAUGGGUGCCCGCGGUCCUUCCACAGAGACUGCCACCUGCCGCCCAUCACCGUGCCCAGCGACCCGGAGGCCAAGUGGAUCUGCACACUCUGUGAGCCACCCAAGACCCAGAAGCCCCUCCGUAGCUUCCAAAGUGAGACUGCAGUGCUGCGGUUGAAGAUGGAAGAACAUCGCGCGAAAUGCCUGUAUCUCCUCCUCACGCUGUACUGCCACGAAAACAGCGGACACUUCAGUAAAAAUCCCUGCAGUCUUGAGAAGUACUGUGACAUCAUCAAGCACCCCAAGUGGCUGGACCAGGUCAAGAAGGGGCUCCUGCAGCAGAAGUACCAGCAGGUGGGCCAGUUCGUCCAGGACGUCCGGCUCAUCUUCCAGAACUGUGCCCAGUACAACAAGGACAAUAAGGCAUACAGAAUCAUGGGAAGAGAGCUCCAGGGGAUCUUCGAGUCUAAACUGAGAGACGUGUUUCCCAUCCGGUGCCGAGAGAGGAAAUGCAGUUAAACUCUUGUCUCUGUCCGACAGGUGCACUGAUAAGUUGCACGCUGAAUAGCACACUUGAUCCACUUUCCUGUCAUUUAUCCUGUGUGUCAGUUUUGCUUGUACUCUUGUCACUUUUUCAUGUCAGUGUGUGCUUUUCCACCAGUGUCAGAGACUCUCAUCCGUUUCAAUAAAACAAGCUGUUUCA